AUUACACGGCGCUCUCCCUCAUUUCGGCACAGCCAGAUCCCCGGUGAUGGUGCUUUAUUAUACGCACGCAGUCCGCCGCUUUGUCCGCAUCUCUUCCUUGCUCACUUGUCCCAUCUCGGCUUGUCUGAAUUAUUCAUCUUUUUUCCAGUAAAUACAAGAGCACGUUUUUGGUUUUUUUCGCAGAGACCCGGAGCUCGGAGCGAUCCACCGGUCCUGCGACACCGGCACUCCGGAGGAUGCCGGAGUUGUCUGGCAGUCGUGCCAGCCGCCUGCCGCUCUGUCCCUGCCGCCAGCCUCACCGUCCCAAUGCAGCUCCUUCUGCGCCCAUUCCCACCUGAAACGGCUCGCAGGGAUACCGGCGACCUUGGGAUCCUACCAAAAUAAGUCCCAUUCCAAGACGAGCGCGGCUUUUCCUUUUUUUCCGGGGGGGGGACCUGGGAAACCACAUCUGCUCGUGUGGAUAUACUGCUGCUCCGCGCGCCCGUCAAUGCUCCCUGUCAUUUCGAGAGAAAGCCAAUUUCCCCUGGCUCGGGGUUAUUAAAUUGUAUUCUGGGGGAUUUCUCUGCACACAGAAAAUGCUGCUUCUCGUUCUGUUGGCGUUUUCCGUGUCGGGCUCCUCCGCUAACUCGGAUGCUGACCUGUCCGCCGAGACCUGCAGCGCCUGCUCCUGCAUGUCCAUCGAGAACGUCCUCUACGUGAACUGCGAAAAAAUCACGGUCUACAGACCGACCAAUCUGAGGCCCCCAGCAUCCAGUCUCUACCACCUGAAUUUCCAGAACAACCUAUUGAUUAUCCUUUACCCCAAUUCCUUUCUCAAUUUCACACACGCUGUGUCCCUACACCUGGGGAACAACAAAUUGCAGAACAUUGAGGGAGGGGCUUUUUUUGGACUAAGUUCAUUGAAACAGUUGCACUUAAACAACAAUGAAUUAAAGGCUCUGAGGGCUGACACUUUUUUAGGGAUUGAGAAUUUGGAAUACCUCCAGGCCGACUAUAACCUGAUCAAGUUCAUCGAAAGAGGAGCCUUCAACAAGCUGAAUAAGUUGAAAGUCCUCAUCUUGAAUGACAACCUCAUUCAGAACCUUCCGGACAAUAUUUUUCGAUUUGCGUCCCUGACGCACUUGGAUAUACGGGGAAACCGGAUACAGAGGCUGCCGUACAUUGGAGUUCUGGAGCACAUCGGGCGAAUCGUGGAGCUGCAAUUGGAUGACAACCCUUGGAACUGCACAUGUGACCUGCUGCCCUUGAAGGCCUGGCUAGAGAACAUGCCGUACAACAUCUACAUCGGGGAGGCCAUCUGUGAAACCCCCAGUGACCUUUAUGGGCGGCUCCUGAAGGAGACCAACAAGCAGGAGCUGUGUCCCUUGGGGAUGGGGAGUGACUUUGAUGUCCGAAUGCCGCCUCUGCAGCCUGACACCGGGCAGACCACCUCCAAUGCCUCCCCGACGACCAUCCCGCGCCUGGUCACCAGGGCACCCAAGACCACUAACCCCUCCAAAAUCUCUGGCAUCGUGGCCGGGAAGCUCUUCCCCGGGAAGAACCUGAGCCAGAUCGUCUCGUUCCAGACCAGGGUGCCGCCCCUCUCCCCCUGCCCCGUCCCAUGUACCUGCAAAGCACACCCCUCCGACUUCGGCAUCAGCGUCAGCUGCCAGGAGAGGAACAUCGAAAACGUCGCAGACCUGGCCCCGAGACCCCCCAAUGCGAAAAAGCUCCACCUCAGUGGCAACUACAUCAAGGACAUCAGUCCUACAGAUUUCCAAGGCUUUGAGGGCCUUGAUCUCUUACAUCUGGGCAGUAAUCAGAUAAUGGCCAUCCGGAAAGGAGUGUUUGCCAACCUGACUAAUCUACGCCGGCUAUACCUGAAUGGCAACCAGCUCGAGAGGCUCCAUCCUGAAAUGUUCCUGGGGCUCACCAACCUUCAGUACCUCUACCUGGAAUACAAUGCCAUCAAGGAGGUGCUCGCAGGCACCUUUGACUCCAUGCCCAGCCUGCAGCUACUCUACCUGAACAAUAACGUUCUGCGGAGUCUGCCGGCCUACAUCUUCGCCCGCGUCUCCCUGGCCCGCCUCAACCUGAAGAACAACCACUUCAUGACCCUGCCGGUGAGCGGCGUCUUGGACCAGCUGCGCUCUCUCACGCAGAUCGACCUGGAGGGGAACCCCUGGGACUGUACAUGCGACCUGGUGGCCCUGAAGCUCUGGCUGGAGAAGCUGGGUGACGGCGUCGCCGCCAAGGACGUGCGCUGUGCCUCCCCCGUGCAGUUCUCUAACAUCGAGUUGCGGCUGCUCAAGAACGAGAUCCUGUGCCCAAAGCUGGUGGCAAGGCCCCCGUUCAUCCUGACCAGCCCCACGCCCGUGGUCACCUCCGCUUUCCCGGCAGGCGUGGGCCGGACGCCUCCCGGUGGCCCCGUGCCGCUGUCCAUCAUGAUCCUCAGCAUCCUGGUGGUCCUCAUUCUUACCGUCUUUGUGGCCUUUUGCCUGCUCAUCUUUGUCCUGCGACGCAACAAGAGGCCCACGGGCCGUUCCGAAGGCCUGGGAAACCAGGAAUGUGGCUCCAUGUCGCUGCAACUGAGGAAGCACGAGCAUGGCAAGCAGGACGACCUGGCGAGCGAGGCCUUCAUCCCGCAGACCAUCGAGCACAUGAGCAAGAGCCACACGUGUGGCCUGAGGGACUCCGAGGCCGGCUUGAAGUUCGCUGACUCCCAGAGGCAGAAGACCCUGCUCAGGAACAGCUCCGACAAGGACAAGGAUUCAUUGCAGCUGUUGGAUGCCAGAAAGAGACUGAGCACCAUCGAUGAGCUGGACGAGUUCAUACCGAGCAGGGAGUCCAACCUGUUCCUGCAGAGCUACCUGGAAAGCAAAAAGGACUUCAACAGUAUAGGGAUGGGCGGGUUCGAGAUUCGCUACCCAGAGAAACCGCACGACAAAAAGAUUAAAAAGUCCCUUAUCGGGGGAAACCACAGUAAGAUUGUGGUGGAACAGCGCAAGGGUGACUAUUUUGAGCUGAAAGCAAAACUCCAAGGUACCCCAGAUUACCUGCAGGUGCUGGAGGAACAGACAGCUCUGAGUAAAAUGUAGGGCUCCCCUGUCGCCCCCCUCACCCCAGUGACAGAAGUGCCUUCCAGAAAAAUCAUAUUAAGUAAUGGAUAAUUGGACCACUGUUUCCAUGGAGAACUCCAUCAUUAUGACAUCAUUUCCUUUAGAAUUAGAGGCUGUACUGCAAAUAAGGCCUUUGUCCCUCUCCCAGUGCGGUUAUACAAUGUUCUGCUCUAAUGUCCCAUCAGCCCACACUGAACUUCUAGGCGAUAGCCCAACAGAUGGCGUAGUAAGCGUCUGCUAGAGCAAAUCCAGCGCCUUUUUCCUGUGUUUUUUUUUUCCUUUUCAAUGGAACCACUGGAUCUUUCAACAGUACAACGUGGUUUCCCUAUUUCCACCCCUCCUGGGUAGUUUGUUCUUCUUAUAAUUGUCAUUUUUCUGGUGGAAGUAAGGAGGUGGGAUAGCUGGAUAAGCAGACAAUACCAAAACUGGAGCCUCUUAAGUUUGCCCGGGAAGCUACGAAAAGGUUUGGAUUUCUUUGUAUUACGCUAACGCUGUUGAAGCGGCCAUGUACAGUGCUGAGGAUUAUGGGUCGCCGUCGCUGAGGGGCCUGCAGCACCUGUGCUCACCGGUAACGAAAGGCAUGUUAAAACUUAAAAACAAACAAAAAAACUGUAGUUUUUCAAUUAUUCCAGUAAAUAUUUAUGUAAAGAUUAACCAUGUUAAUAUUGUUUUAAAAUGAAAAGGUGGUUCCCUGAGGUGAUGAGAGCUUGUUAAGGCGAC